AUUGUACCAAUAGGAAUGUAACAGCGAAUCCGUGGCUAGACGACUGACGGAUAGCGCCUCUGUGAAAUAGAAUGAACAUGUAUCUAACUGUGUUGUUGUUGUUGUUGACUUUAUAUGGUGUCCCUUCAACCGGACAAAAGAAAAAGGAGACUCUGCUCUCUGAGAAGGUAGGUCAGUUGAUGGACUGGACAGGGAGAAGAGCUGUGAUCCGUAUGAACGGGGAGAAGUUCCGUCGCUUUGUGAAGGCUCCUCCCAGGAACUACUCUGUGGUCAUCAUGUUCACCGCCCUGCAGCCACAGAGACAGUGUGGUGUCUGCAAACAGGCUGACGAGGAGUACCAGAUCCUAGCUAAUUCCUGGCGUUACUCCACUGCCUUCACCAACAAGGUCUUCUUCGCUACCGUCGACUUUGAUGAAGGAUCUGACGUCUUUCAGAUGUUGAAUAUGAACUCGGCUCCCUCCUUCAUCCAUUUCCCUGCUAAAGGGAAGCCUAAGAAGUCUGACUCCUAUGAGCUGCAGGUCAGAGGCUUUGCUGCAGAGCAACUGGCCCGCUGGGUCGGGGACCGCACUGACGUACAGAUCCGUGUGAUCCGUCCUCCUAGCUAUGCGGGGCCGUUGAUGCUGGGAUUCCUGCUGGCAGUGAUAGGAGGACUGGCUUACCUCCGCAGAAACAACCUGGAAUUCCUCUACAACAAGAACGUCUGGGCCUUCUCUGCUCUGUGUUUCUGCCUGAUCAUGACUUCAGGUCAGAUGUGGAACCACAUUAGAGGACCUCCCUACGCCCACAAGAACCCCACCACUGGACAAGUGAGUUACAUCCACGGCAGCAGUCAGGCCCAGUUUGUAGCAGAAACUCACAUCGUGCUGCUCUUCAACUCUGCUGUUACCAUGGGGAUGGUGCUGUUGCAUGAGGCUGCCACGUCAGAUAUGGACAUUGGCAAGAGGAAAAUCAUGUGUGUAGCAGGGAUCGGUCUGGUGAUGCUCUUCUUCAGUUGGCUGCUGUCCAUCUUUAGAGCUAAAUACCAUGGAUACCCUUACAGUUUCCUGUUGAGUUAGAGAGCUGGGAGGAAGAAGCCUGGAAGUUCCAAAGUGCCUCGGACGCCUCACACCACAACACAACAACAACACAACAACAACAACACACCACAACAACACACAACAACACACCAUCACCACAACACCACAACAACACACCCCAACAACACACCACAACUCA